AUGCUGGACAACGACGACGAUGGGCACCCUGCCACGACUUCACGCCUGCACAAGAGAACGCUGUUGAAGAUCGACACCCUCCUCCUGCCCUUCCUUGCGCUGUUGUUCCUUUUCAACUCGCUGGAUAAGUCCAAUAUAGGCAAUGCAGAGUCGGCACACUUCACCACCGACAUUGGGCUCCAGAAGGGCGACCUCAACACCGCCGUAGCUCUCUUCUUCGCCUUCUUCGUUACCCUCCAGCCGGCCGGCGCCGCGCUGGGACGCAAGUAUGGCAUGGUCGCCUGGGUGCCGACGUGCAUGCUGCUGUGGGGACUGAGCACUAUGCUGCAUGUGUGGGUGAAGGAGAAGUGGCAGUUGUAUACGCUGAGGAUUGUCAUUGGGUGUUUGGAAGCCGGCUUCUACCCUGUUACCGUAUCCUACCUCUCCCUCUUCUACACACGCUUUGAGUUCGGCCGCCGGCUGUCACUCUUCUACGGCCAAGCAGCGGUCGGCGGCGCGCUCGGCGGCAUCAUCAGCUACUUCGUCUUCAGCCGCUUUCCCGACCGGCAUGGCGAUAAUCCAGACGUCCAGGGCCGAUGGCAUUCCUGGCAGGCCCUGUUCCUGCUCGAGGGCAGCCUGACAGUCGUAGUCGCGCUGGUGGGAUACGCCUGGCUCCCUCACAGCGUCGAGACAGCAUGGUUCCUCACCCCCAGAGAGCGGCAGUACGCUUCUGCACGCGUAGUCAAAGACCGCGCCGCACAAGAACGCUCGACCACGUCCACCAAACACCGCCACUCCAACUCGUUCUCCCCAACCUCCACCGUCGACGAAGAAUCCCGCGGCCUGCUAAACCCCACGCCCGCCUCUCCCAGCUCAAGGCGCGCAACCCUCGACGACCGUGGCCUCACACCUCGCGACAUCCUCUCCGCGCUCUCAUCGCCGCUCAUCUGGCAUCUGCUCGCCUGCAACAUCCUCUCCGCCAUCCCCGUCUACGCCUUCUCCGUCUUCCUCCCGCUCGUGCUCGCGCCCCUGGCUGGCAACAAAGCCUCCCCCUCGCUCGUCAACCUGCUUUCCGCGCCCCCGCACCUCUGCGGCGCAAUUACACUCUACCUGUUUGCUUCGUACAGCGACCGGCACCGCACGCGCUUGCGGCCGAUACUGCUCGGGUUGGCGAUCAUGGUGGCGGGCCUGAGUCUCGUCGUCGUCCUGCCAACGAGCUGGGCGAUACCGCGGUACAUCUCUCUCAACGUGCUGAUCAGUGGCGCGUACAUAGCAUCUCCGCUUACCGUGGCGUGGAUCAGCGGGAACACGCCGAGUCCGGGGAAGAGAGCGCUGAUGCUGGGGAUCAACGGGUGGGGCAAUCUCGCCGGCGUGCUUUCCGCGUUCCUGUUCAAGCCAGAGUAUGCGGAGAGCGGGUACAUAGUGCCGUUCUUCUGGACACUCGUGUCUGUCGCACUUGCGGCUCUUGGCUACGUUUUGUUCCUCUGGAAUCUAAGCGCCGAGAACGCGAGAAGGAGAGUGGUUGUUCAUGAGUGGGACCACGAGGAGCGCGAAAACGAGAAGAACGAGGGCACGGGGCCGCUCGCGCAGGCUCAUCCGUGGGUCAAGAACUUGACCGCUAUAAUCAAGAAAAGCGGGCGCUUCAAAGCACUGGCAGACUGGCUUGACGAAGCCACUUUGGGCGGAAGAGAGGGAGACGAAAAGAUGACAUUCGAGUACGGGCUGUGA